GAGUGGUGGCCACUUCAAAGCGUAAUGUCCAAUCAAUGCAGGGUUGCCAUUGUCCAACUGGCCUCCUGGUGAUGAGCGACACAGCGAAGAAACAACAGUCACUAAGCUUGUCCGGGGAGUAAUGCUCGCCGCGGAGUGGGGGCGCAGUCAUCAUGGUAGUGUCACAGUGUAGGGGACCUAUCGGCUCCGAUAACGACGGUUACGUGGAAAGUCGGAAAUGUCUCGGACGACAAAUAACGACGGAAGCAGUUGUUAGUGAAGGAGCGGAAUCAAUCUCCUCCGCCCCGAUGGUAGUUUAUCCGAACCUGUCGUUGUGUUUCAGAUACGGAGAUAGGCCAUGGCUUGGUCAUCUGCGGCCAUGAAGGUCGUCGUAGCAGGUGGAUUUCUGAUCCUAUGCUGCUCACCCACUAUUUGCGUGUCUCGAGGGGCACCCGACAGCGUGGCGGCACCACAAUCGAAACGAGAUCGGAGAGCUAUCGAUGAUUGUCAGCCUAAUUGUCCGAAUUGUCUCAAUGAGAACUGUACUUGUACUGAAAAAUGCCGGUCCGGUUGUGUGCCAAACAUGAAAGGAGAGAAAUGUAGCGAAGUAUGCGAUUGCGGAGAUACGAUGGUCUCAAAUGGGUGUUUACUGACUGGUCAGUGUAUAUGUCUGAAAGGUGCAAGGAAUAGAAAUGGAGAUAGCAAUCAAACUUGCGAACCGUGCCCGCAAGAUAUGUAUGGCGUGAACUGCGAAGAGCAGUGCAGAUGCAAAGCAGGAGAAAUGUGCGACCCAGAAGAUGGUUGCAUCAGCACCGUGCCACCAGGGCGAGCAACGACUGCAGGCUGCACGGGCAGAGAAGGGUAA